AGCUAAGUACUUGUUGCUGGCUCUUAAAAUCCCAAUAGUCUCAAAUUGUAUCUUAGACGAUCAGAGCGACCUUGGUUGCGUGUUUAUUUGUCCUCUCGGCUUACUUAUAGAAGACCCAACAUUUGCAAACGCCCUCUCCAGGCCACAUCCCAAGCGGGAUCCUGGAGCGUCAAUGGCUACUCAACAGAGCUCCUUAUUUGGUAUACAACAUUAUUCUUAUGGUUGA